GUUUAUUGUUGGAUUCUUUUUUUAAUUUUAUUUAAUCCAAAAAGAACCAGUGAACCCUAACAGUCAUAGGUGUAUCUGUAUCAAAUGUUUUGGUCACUCAGCCUUUUCUUCUUUUUUAUUUGCAGACUGGAUCCAUAACUUUGCAUCAAAAUGUCAAAGGUAUAUAAGAAGACCAGCGGCAACGGACAAAUUGCCCUGUACUUGGGGAAGAGAGACUUUGUGGACAAUGUGGAGUCAGUGGAAGUAGUUGACGGUGUUCUUAAAGUGGACCCUACUGAUCUUAAUGGCAGAAAAGUAUUUGUCUACCUUGCUUGUGCCUUCCGCUAUGGAAGCGAAGACUUGGAUGUUAUUGGGCUGUCCUUCAGGAGAGACAUCUGGAUACAGCGCGUUCAGGUGUAUCCACCUACAGGCGAAAGCGUAGCCAGAACACCAAUGCAGGAAUCUCUUAUGAAGAAAAUUGGAGAGCAAGGAUGUCCCUUUUCCUUCAAGAUGCCAGCAAAUCUCCCAUGCUCAGUCUCCCUACAGCCUGGGCAGAAUGACUCUGGCAAGGCUUGUGGUGUGGACUUUGAGGUUAAAGGAUACAUUUCCGACGUAGCAAACAGUGCAGAUGAAAUUGACAAGAAGGACACAUGUCGCCUGAUGAUUCGCAAAAUACAAUUUGCACCAGCUAACAACAAGCCUGGACCCAAGGCUGAUAUAGCAAAGCAGUUUAUGAUGAGUGACAAACCUGUGAAUUUGGAGGUAUCCCUUGAAAAAGAGGUUUAUUACCAUGGGGAUCCAAUCACCGUCAAUGUAAAAAUAAACAACGAAACCACCAAGGUUGUGAAGAAAAUCCUUAUUUCAGUUGAGCAGGUCACAAUUGUGGUGCUCUACUCAUCUGAUAAUUACACCAAAGCGGUCUGCUCCGAGGAGUUUGGGGAGACAAUUAACGGCAACUCUACAUUUGAGAAGUCCUACCAAAUAACCCCCCUGCUGGCCAACAACAAAGAGAAGCGGGGUCUUUCAGUGGACGGACGGCUAAAAGACGAGGACACCCACCUAGCAUCCACUACCCUGAGUCAAGGAGAUAAGGAGAUGCAGGGAAUCCUCAUCUCCUAUAAAGUCAAGGUCAAUCUAAUGAUGUCCGGCGGAGGCCUGCUGGGUAGCUUAACAGGAAGCGAUGUCACUGUGGAGCUUCCUGUUACUCUGAUGUCCCCAAAACCUGCAGAAGUGUAAGUAUAAACUAUUCUCUAUGAAUGUAUUAACCUGUAGCCUUGAUGUUGGUUACAUGCUGCUUAUAUUUCUAUCCUCUGUGUGUUUGUAUUAAAUGAACC